AUGUGUCACUACACUCUCUACCACAGCUCUGCCUGCGGCCACAUCACCAGCUUCAACAUGGAAAGCUGUGCUUCGAUUAUCAACUCGAUGCGCAAGGGAAAGAGUAACAUGUACUGCGAGUACUCGUCCUUCAGCCACCACGUGGUAUUCCACAACAACGAAUACAGCUGCUGCAAAUGCGACGCCGAGACCAACGCUAAACCGAUGACCGACAUCGACCACGAGUGGCAAAAGAUUCACCUUGAAGGCAUGGAUCUGGUGUCUGAUGGAUAUCCCUGCGCUGUGUCGAGCGAAAUCAGCCCUGGGAACAUCUCCAAGAGAACCCUCUCGCCCAUGCGAUGUGUGAUUCACCGAUGUCUCCCGAUGGAUAUCCCCUACGAGCCGGGCUGCGAGCCCGACGAGGAGCAGCAGGGCGCACCCAAAGCAUCGUCUGCUGCCCCUUUCAAGCGUCCAAUUGAAAGAUCGUGCCCCGGGCCUGCGGAACUGAAAGGAGACUGUCCCAGGGCUGCCCUCCGUCCAACGGCAGCGUGCUAUGCUCCUCUUGGCUCUGAUUCUGCAUCGUGCGUGAGCGACAGGGACUACGAGGACUAUGAACGGGUGCUCCUGAGUCGGAAACUCUUUGGAGUACCCUCUAGACUUGUUCCCACUCCACAGGAUAGUCUUACUGAUCAGACGCCCGAGUUCAAAAGCCAGUCCCCGUGCUCCCAGACCAACAUUCCGGAUCCCAAGGAUGAUGACUUCAGCCAGAUCAAUGCAGCGGACGCAAACGACCCCUUUGACAUGGGUGCAGCCGUUGACAACGACUUUGUGACGGUUGUCCAGAACAUGGCUGACUCUAAUAUCCCCACGUUCCAUCUGAUGAGCGCUGAAGAGGAGAAAGAGGCCAAGCCGAAAAAGAAGGCUCGCAAGCAGAAGCCCAACCUGGCGCCUAUCAACACAAACCUGCCCUACUCCUCGGAGUGGGAAGUCUCUAUUCAAAAGACCCCAUCUUCCAAGUUGGAGCAGGCCCUGGAAGAGGCGAUGAGCGACGAUGCCCCUGUCCCGGUUUCCAUCGCGUCUCCUAAAUUCGUGACGCCUGAUUACCGGAAGCCAAGCGCACAACGAGUCGAUACCGGUCUCAUCAGUCCCCGUCAGACUUCGCCGAUCCUCGCCAGCCCACAAAAGAACUACUUCCAGCCUCCUCCCCCUUCUGGGGAUUGGUCGGGCGACGAGCAGCACGAUGAAUCUGGCACAAUGCUGGACUGGAUCCUUUCAACCUACUAUGAGAGCUAUGGGAGCAAAUUGUCGAGACGUAAGUGGAUGGAACGGAUGAACAGAGGAGCCUCCUUCUGCACCUUUGCCGAGUCCGAUGAGUCCGAUGAGAGCGAGGAGAGCGAGGAGAGCGAGGAUUACGAAAUUAUGAACAAGGAGCCUAAUGACAACCGGGACGUUUCUGUCUUCAGUGACGAAUCGGACGCCAUGAACUUUGACCCCUUGGAGGACUCGGGCGCCGAAUCUAUGCUCUUUAUGAUUGGGAACCGAGACCACAUGGACAGAAAUACCACGCCUGAUAGAGAAGUUCCCGCUCCCCAAAAGUCGCCUCAACUGUUCGCUCCAAAGCCUCACCGGCCCAUGGGAGGUCUUUGUCAGGAAUGGGCUCAGAAGGUCGAAGCCCAGCAACAAGUGAGAGACACUUUCCCCACCCAACUUGUGGGCAGUCAGUUCCUCUCCGACAAGUCCAUCGCAUCUCUUUCUCCCCCAAUUGGGACAUGUGAUCCCGAUGACGAGCUGGCUGUAUGGGCACAAUCUGUCCGCGACACUCGAUCAUCAUGGCAAAACCCACCGAUGAACCCCAGCAUGGCGGCGUUCGCAAAGACUGAAGCCCCUCGUAUGCCGCUAGCAAACGAGAAGGAGCCGGUCUUUGGCACCAUGCAAUAUGCCGCCAAAUACGGCCUCCCUCAGCCUACGCUUACUGAACACAUGGCCGCUCAGAGUCGCGCAGCCAAAUUUGUUCCCCUUCCUGGCCUCGGCCAAAACACCCCCCGUGAGGACGCACAAGGUCCCCAACCGGCCUGCGGACAGAAUCUCUUCUGUCCCCCGGGACUGGGCCCCAUGCCCAUGUUCAACGACCAGAGUUGCGAGCCUUCUGCGCCAUUCAGCGUGAACCAGACCCCCUGUCUACGAAGCAGGAGGCUCUGGGCCCGGCAGCCAUUCCGCGAGCUUCCGGAGCUGCGCUCUUUCGAGGGUAUCAGAUUGCCCUUUUCUAGUCGCCUCGAUCCGAUGGUGAAUUCGGUGAGUGAGACUUGGAUACUGCAUCCCGAGGUGAGGAGUGACCUGAACGAGCAGCGGCGUCGAUGUGAUGCUUACUGGUGA